GGUGAUCUCACAUCUAGAGACCUGCUGGCACGCAGAGGCCUGACAGUGUGCCAGGAAGCCAGGGGUACUCAGAGGAGAGCACCCCCUCCCGGCUGCACGGCAGGCUGCCCAUGGCGCUGGCGCUGGGUCACCAGCAGGUGGCGGGCCUGGCUCGGGCGGCCACGCUGGAGCAGCUGCGGGAGAAGCUGGAGACGGGCGUGGGCGACGGGCCGGAGAGGAAGAUGGCGCGGCUGGCGGAGGAGCAGCAGCGGCUCAUGCAGCAGGCCUUCCAUCAGAACCUGCUGGCCAUGGCAUCCCAGGUCCCCACAAACCUGCGCCUCAACAGCAGCCGCGAAGACAAACAGGACCUGGCCCUUACCAUCUCCACUAGCGGAGCCACCAGUAUCAGCGUGUCAGUGGAGGUCAACGGCAUUCUCUACUCAGGAAUGUUGUAUGCCCAGAAGUCUGGUCCACCAGCCACAGUGGCUGCAACCAUUUCCGCAUCUGCUACAGUGCCCCCUGCUGGCCCCAGUGGGGGGUUUGGUAUCCUCUCCUCCGCUCACAGCCCGAGCCCCCCCUCCUCUUCCUCCAAGGGCCCCAGUUCUGCCGAGCCCUCCACCAGCAGCUCACCUUAGCCCUAGCCACGGACAGCACCCACACCCCAGGCUUUUCCGCAACCCGCAGGCCCCAGCAGGGAUACAGUACCUCAAGCCGAUCAGCUUGAUCGGUGGAAACAGAGCAAACUGUUGCACAACAAGUACCUCAGCACUCCUGUUAACCUUGGCUGUCCACACAUGCAAACGCAUGGUCUAAAGUAAAACUAUUCAUGUGUACACACACACAUACAUGCACAGACACACGUACAUACACACACAACACACAGGAAAUAGUUCAACACAUCGAAAAUGUACAGCCAAAACCCUCAGACAGGUGUUCACAACUGAACUUGAACAUUUUUAUUUUGAAUUUUACCUUUGUUUUGUUGCCAUGUGUUGUCUUUUGAAUUACGUUUAGUAUAAUUCUCUUUUCUCUUUUUACAUACCUCAAAAUCAAGUAAUCUGCAGUGGUUUAAUCAUCCAAGAAUCUUUACCUCAAAAGCUGUAGUAUACUUUAGAUGAAUGAACUUUAUUUUUUUAUAUUUUGUUCAAAUCUGAGGAACCUUUGAUUUGUGCUACGUUCUCCUAAUGGGGAUCUUUCACGGAAUGUUUUGCCGUGGUGGCGGACAGCUGUCAUAAUUCAAUCAGAUAGUGUGCUGUGAAAGCUACGUUCUCUGUCUAACGUUUUGAACAACCAUUUUAUAUCGCACGUCUUUUAGCUUCUCUUCCACGAAUGUCAGGAGGGAUUCGUAGUAUCUUCAUAAAUAGGUUUAUUGAAUUUCUGGACUUCUGGAGGGAGAGAAUGAUUAGAUGUGAGUUCUAUGCAAAAGCAAGCAUUCUUCUGGUUUGAACAGUAUGGAGAAAUUGGGAGGAUAAAACAGACUUGGGCUUGUGCACGGUUGGGGUUCACUGUCACCACCUCAGCCUUCACCUGUGCAACCAGGGUCCUCAUCACUCCCAUAGCAACUGUCAAUCAAUACAAAGUGGUGGGGGGCACCAUAAUUCAAGCUUCCCAGUACAUUGUGCAUUGGGUUGAAUGUUACAGUUUUGAUUCCCCCUAAGACAAGGAGAAAAGCCCUGGAAAAAAAUCCAACAAAAAACCAAACAAAGCCACAAGAAGGAUAUUUUUCUUGCCAAUACAGCAGGACCAGACGUUUUGUAAAACACAGUUUGUAUUUCAUACCUCACAUUUGCCUUUCCAUAUUGGAGAGCAUCCUUCUCAGGAAUUACAGAGGGGUCUCCUGUGGACUCCUUUCAUUAAAAACAGGACUUCAUACCAAAUAAAAAAAAUGCACAAAUCUGCAAGACCGUUCAAAGACAUACCUCAAGACUCUCACGGAGAACUACACUGGGUA